AUGCAGUCAGCUUCUCAUUUUCUUAAGUCUUCGCUUCUUCCUCCGUUACAGUCACUGCACGCCGGCGCAGUAACAAUACUUCGAGCUAUCGGUGCAGGAAUAUGGAGGGAGCAUCGAUAUGAACUUUUAGAAGGGGCCCGGCGGAGGUCUAAGACCUAUUCUCAGUCUACUAAGGGGAAGUUGACCAUUGCCGGGCUGACAACUGCGGUCCUUUUGGUGUUCUGGUAUCUCGUUGCGGGUAUUUCACUCCCUUGGACUUUGAAUCGACCUCUCGAUACGCUCGAAGAACGCGCUUGCCACCAUCCCGUAGCCCAGCUUGUUUCUGAUGCUACGAAGGUCUUCAACAAGACCCUGCAACACCAAUCAAAAUCUUUGGCCGAGGCAGUGACAGAAUACCAACGACGGUAUAAGAUGCCCCCGCCUCCCCAUUUUGAUGAAUGGUAUCGCUUUGCAACGUCGCGCAAAACCGUUUUAAUUGACGAGUUUGAUACGAUAUACAAUACCCUGCUGCCUUUCUGGGGGCUUACGCCUAGCGUAUUGCGCUCUCGGGUGAGAGAGGAUCUUGGCCGGACAGACGACACUUAUGUCAUGGGAAUCGCCAUCCGCAACGGUAGGGUUCUUGAUUUCGGCAAGGGCCAGGGAGAAUUUCAGAGAGAUGCGACGGUCAAGAUUCUUGACAAGUUUUCUCAAUGGUUACCGGACUUGAACUUGCAAUUUAACGCUCAUGAUGAGCCGCGAGUGGUAGUUGCACACGAGCAGUUGCAUAGAUUUGUCCUUGAAGGUCGUGCGGCUCAAUCUCGGCUGAAUGCCCACUCAGCCGUGUCAAACCUAUUUUCACCGGGGGAUGACGAUGACCCAGUGCCACCAGUGCCUGUUUCUACAAGCCGAUGGAACAGCAUCGAGUUCCAAGAGACAUGGCUUUACUCGCGACUUUCAUGCCCACCAGAUACACCUGCUAUGGCGCUGGAUGGCAACGCACCGGACAACACAGCUGCUUAUGCGAUAGAGCCUCUGGGUUUCGUAUUCAACCAAUCCGCUGCCAGUGACAUUUGCAACAGCCCGUCACUACGACAUCGCCUAGGGGUAUUUCAACGCCCAAAUUCUUGCAAAUUGACAAAUGAACUCGUCCCAAUGUUUUCCAUGUCCCGUCUGUCUUCAUUCCAGGACAUCACUGUUCCGUCACCAUAUUAUUACGAAGAUAUGUCGAGCUUUGACCCAGAAAGCUCGGUGUCGUGGGAAGAGAAGACGCCCCAGGUUUACUGGCGGGGGAGAACCAACGGGGGGCACAGUCAAAAUGGCAGCUGGCGCAACCUGCAACGUCAGCGUAUAAUUGGAAAUUUGACCCAUCCACAAUCGCCGCAGUAUGUUUUGCAUCAAAAGACUGAUGCGACGUGUACCUUGAGACGUGAUGCAAAUUGGGAAGUCCAGGAAACGAAUCGGUCCCAGGUGGCGGGAUACUGGAAUGCCCAUUUCACAGACAUCGCCGAUUGCGAUGAUGACUGCGCAGAAGAAAGAAAGUUCUUCGAUGAUAUUGUGGAACCAGAGGCUCAGAGCAAUGCAUGGAAAUACCGGUAUCUGCUGGAUAUGGAUGGCCAUGCGUACAGCGGUAGGUUCUACGCCUUGUUGCGUAGCAAGAGCCUUCCGUUCAAGAUGACCUCCUUCCGUGAAUGGCAUCAGAACGUGCUGUUCCCUUGGGUUCACUAUGUGCCGAUUAACAAGGAUGGCAAUGAACUUCCUGAGUUGGUCCGUUUCUUCGAGCAAGAUACCACAGGCCAAGAGAUCGCAAAAUCUAUCGGCGAAGGGGGACGAGCUUGGGCGGCCCGUACCCUCAGAAAUGACGACAUGGAAGUUUACAUGUUUCGACUUCUCUUGGAGUACGCUCGUGUACAAGAUGACAAAAGAGAGAGCCUCGGCUUUCUAUUAUAG